AUGACCGCCCGAUACGAUCUGAGGACGCAGGACCAGGAUGCGGGCUCCUACGCCGCUCUGCCCGGCACGGCGCAGACCGAGUUCGUUCAACACAACAUGACACCGAUGAAGUCGCGUCUUACUCCUGGCAAGGAGGUGCCUGGUUGUCACCCGAGCCGCUGGAUAUACGAACUAACCAACAACGACUUUACCGCAUGCGACGUUUUCCUUAGAGCUAGGCACGCCGAGUUGGAGAGUACGUAUGGCUGGGAGCACCAUCACAAGCUCGUCAUAAACGGGAACCAGAGCUUUGCGACAUCCUCGACUCGAGUUUUGUCGGCCAUCUGCUUAGACUGUCAUUUCCAUUUCGUCUUCAAGAUGGCUUGGGACGCAGCCCAUGUCGACUCGCUGUGCCACAGCUCCCAGUCGCGAUGGCCCUUGCGAGACAACAACUUCCCCUGGCACCAUCUCGUGUGGGCUGGCUCUGCCUCGGAUGCCGAUAUCACGAGCGAUCAGAACAAAUACUAUCCCCUCCUUGCGCGCGAGUAUUUUGUGUGCUCAGCUCCGCCUUGCACGUUCCAGAUGACGCUAGAAGUCUCGGAGCCUCGGAUGGGCACAUGGUGGGUUAAGCUCCUGCUGGAUCGCGAUGCCAUCUGCGAGCAGCUGCGAGCGGCGAGAGAGCACGAGCCAAGCCGUUACGAAGGCGCCACUGACGACUGGGCGAACCAGGCUCCGCUGAACCUCAACACGUACCUUAAGAAUCUCCUCGAGUCCACCCCGGAGGAUGUCAGAAGCAUCUCGAAGCGUAACAAGAGGUUCGCCGUUUUGUUUGGGCCUCGCUGCUUCUCGAUUUUUCGGCGCUUGGAGUUUACGGAGCAGGUGAUAGACCGUGACGGGGUAGACGAAGGCUCGUUCACUCCCACGCCGCCAGCGCCGUCAGGUGGUCCCUCUGGUACGACAGAGAUCGGCACAUACCGCGCAUACUUGGAGGACGUCAGAGCCGAGGUACAGUGCCUCAUUCACAAGGCGGGACAGGCCGCCGAGAAGCCCACGUACUGCACGCCCGUUUUGCACCAGGAUCUUCAGUGCACCGAGGUGCCCAACGUCAACGACAACGCCUUGGUCAAGUUGGACCGGUACAAGUUACUGGGCAUUCUGCCAGGUCAGACUCGCGAAGUGAUUGUCAACGCCUACAAGCGCCAGUGGGAGUUGCUGCCCAGCCGGCGACGAGCUUUAGUGGAUGGUCUGACGGCGGUGGCCAACGACACCGGUGACGAGAUGCUCUCGGACUACGCAAUGACUCAGUCAUCUGUGUUCGAGAGCCAACUACAGCGGCAAGGCACAAGCGACGAGGACGGUGUAUUGACGCAGGCCCUCAACUUCCUCGGCCUGCAGCCGCCAAACAACUACUCAGCAGACUCCAUCAUCGACGCUUUCCGGCAGAAACUUGCCCAAGAUCCCGGAGAGGCUGUCAACGCGAGAUCCAUGUUGAUGAUUAUUGCACGCGCGUCGACAGACGACAUCUACCAAGCGUCGUUGCUCAUGGAAUCUGAUGCGAAGAUGUCACUCGACACUGCCCGAGCGAUCCUGGGCCUGGGAGGCGCCGACGUGCCGUGGCAAACAGCUGCUGAAGCGGCCAAGAAGAAGCUGGAGAACAGCAAGAGCUCUGAAGAAAAGGAGGUCGUGCUGGAUGCCCUGGAGGCAGUAGCAGACCACACCAACUCUCCGACUUUGAAACAGGCAGUGUUGGAAAUGCGCAACUCCAGCGGCAUCAUGAACUACGGCGGCUCAUCGAAAGAGCCAGCUGACCUGUCAUUACCAGUUGGCCUCCACAACAUUGGCAACACUUGCUACCUCAACAGUCUCCUGCAAUACCUCUUUACCGUAAAGCCCAUCCGGGACGUGGUCCUCAACUACGAUCAGCUGCGGCUUGACCUCACCGACGAGAGCAUCAAGGCUCGCCUGCUUGGCGGGAACAAGAUGCAGAUGGACCGUGGAGAGGCAGUCGUUGCGCAAGCUUUCGCGCAGGAGCUGGCCACUCUAUUCCAGAACCUACAGUCCUCGGAUCAAGCUGCCACCAGGCCAUCCCAGCGACUUGCCAACGCUGUGCUGCUGUCCACGCAUACCUUGCUACACAGCGAAAAGUCUGCUACGAAGCCGGAGGUUGGACCUCAGCCUCCACCUCUGCCUGCGCGGCCCUCGCCGGCCGCCCCCACCGGCCAGGCGCCUGAUGUCGACAUGGUCACUUGCACGGUGACGACCGUGCCAGACGCGACGGAAACUGCUAGCAUCUCGAGUUCACGAACGUUGGUUGACCAGGAGGAUGCCCGAUCUGACCUUUCCUUUGAAAGAGUGGAGCCGACAGCUGCCGAUCAAGCCGACAGUGCCGUCGAAGUCUCAGAAAGCGAGGAUGUCAAGAUGGUCGACAACAACGAACAGGCGGGGCACUCUUCGCAAACUAACGGCGACACGCCUACUAACAACGGCGACGUCGUCAUGGCCGACGCUGGCGAGCCAGAAACGGUCGAUCAAAAGGUGCUCAACGCCUUGGAGCACCAGUCGCGAUCAUCUGGCACCGACCAGCAGGACGUUGAAGAGGUCAUGGGUAGCAUCAUCAACCGACUCCAAGCUGCCAUCCGCCCAAGCUCGGUAGACGCCAAGACGGGCAUCCAACUGGAGAAGAUUAUGGAGACAUUUUUCGUCACCACGGUCAACUACACCAAGAAAUUCGACGACAAGUCUUAUCAGCACGAGAUUAGCUUCGACCGAUCCAUCACUGCGUUCCCGGCCCCCGACGGACCAUGUUCGCUGUACGAUGCCCUCGGCCGCAACUUUGACCAGCAGAUACUCGAGGAGAGCAGGCUGUCGAGAUACACCGCCAUCAAGACGUUGCCGCCUGUGCUGCACGUCCUCAUCCAGCGAACGCAGUCGACGGGCCGGAAGAACGGGAACCCCGUCGUCAUUCCCGAGACUCUGUAUCUAGACCGGUACAUGGAUGCGCCGCACGACUCGCCCACGUUCCGGCGCCGAGUCGAGGACUGGGCAAUCACGGACCGCAUCGCGGAUUUGAAGGCGCAAAUUGAGGGCAUCGAUGCUAACCCGACAUACAUGAACUUUCUCAACAGCGUUGUCAACGGAGACGAUGCGGCAAAUGUCAGUGCCACUUUGGAAGAGAAAGUGGUCAAUGAGGGAGAACUCGAAGUUGCCAAGACAGAGGAGACGUGGGACUUUGACGGCCCGGUCGAGGAUGACUUCCUGCUUGUAUCGCGUACCAAUGCCCACAGCACCGACCUGCCUACAACAGCCCCGAAGGAGCGAGCCACUCCGUUCGAUGCCCGGGCGACCGAUGGCGCCGUGCGGCAGAUGAUGGAGUCGGAGCUGGCGCAACUUGAGAAGGUGCUAGGGGAGAGGCUGGACAGCAUGCGGAGCAUCCCAUACCGCCUGCAUGCUGUCAUCUGCCAUCGGGGCCAGCUCAUGUCUGGGCACUACUGGGUGUGGAUCUGCGACUUCGAGGACCGCGUGUGGCGGUUCUACAACGACGAGUCUGUGCAGGAAAACAGGGAUACGGCCGACGUGUUGCAUAAGCUGAGCACGAGCGGCGAGCCCUACUACCUUUGCUACGUCCGCGACGAAGACAAGGAAGAGUACGUCGACGUGCCCAAACGACACGUGCCGACGCCGACAUCUGUCGAAGAGGACACGCCUCAGUCAGGACUGGCGGCCACAGACAAGGACGGCGACGUCAACGUUGACGGCACGGAAAAGGCAGGCGCACAAGACGGGAAUGAGGCUGAGCGAACGCCGUCGCCACAAUACAGGAUCGAGUAA